AUGAUCGUCGCGAACACGACACCCGACUCUUCUGGACAGGGCAAAGGCCUCUUCCACUCACAUAAUCGACGGGGGCUACUCUUUUGCAUGGUUUUUGUAUUGGGAGCCGUUUUGUAUGGAUAUGAUGGAACUUACUUUACUGGUAUUCUCGCUAUGACUCGAUUCAAGGACGAUUUUGGAACAGUUCAGGAUGGAGUCAAAGUUAUUACUGCUAGUAACCAAUCGCUUUUUGCAUCUAUUGUCCAGGUCGGUGAAGUCUUGGGUAGCUUGAGCGCCGGUUUAAUUGGCGAUCACAGUGGCCGCAAAGGAGCACUUCUCAUGGUUGUUCUGAUCGUCACACUCGGCGCAGUUCUACAGCUCAUUGUUGUUGGAUCUACCCCUUUGCUCGUCGUUGGCCGUCUCAUCCUCGGAGCGGGCGUCGGAAUCGCAUCCAAUUGCGUCCCAUUAUACCUGGCUGAAAUUCCUCCUGCCGCAAUUCGAGGGGCCAUGGUUUCGUCCUGGCAAUUGUUCCUCGCUAUUGGCCAAGUGAUCGGUGCGGUAGUUGCGCAGGGAACCAAGGACGUCCAGUCAACCUUUUCCUGGAGAUUUCCGAUCGCUUUUAAUAUCGUCAUCACUCUGCUCAUCGCUCUUGGCCUCCUAUUUGUCCCAGAAUCUCCCCGCUGGCUCAUUUCCAAGGAUCGGAGCGAAGAUGCCCAUCGCGCUCUUGAACGUAUUCACAAGAAGAAUGAUGAUAUUAUCGUUCAGGACCAAGUUGAUGCCAUGGUCAAUGCGCGUGAAGCUGAGAGGGAAUCGUCGGGUGGAGAAAGUCGCUGGGCUGACGUCUUCAAGGGAACUCAGCGCCGCCGAUUCUUGUGCGCUUUCGGUAUUUUAGUUUGUCAACAAAUCUCUGGUGUUCAGUUCAUUUUCUCUUAUGCAACUGUAUUCUUUGAGUCUAUCGGACAAACUGACGCCUUCUUAAUGACGAUUAUCGUUGAUAUCCUCGAAGUCGCUGGGGUUCUGGUAUCUUUCCUCUUGGUCAACCGAUUUGGCCGCCGUCCCUUGCUACUCAAUACUAUGGUGGUCAUGGGAGCGACUUUGGUUGUAUGUGGUGCUUUGGGCAUCGUCCGUGACCGCUCCAAGGCCAUGAACACCGCCAUUGCUUCUAUGAUCAUGAUCUACGUCUUCGUUUUCAACUUGGCUUGGGGGCCUCUUGCUUGGGUAGUCGCUACAGAACUUGCUACCGGGAAAAACCGUACUAAGAUCAUGUCUGUGGGAACCGGUGCCUUUUGGAUUGCUGCCUGGGCUGUUACCUUUACUCUGCCAUACCUUUACAACCCCGACAGUGCAAACUUGGGCCCCAUGGUUUGCUGGAUUUAUUUUGGUGGUGCUGUCAUCUCCUGGUUAUUCGUCUACUUCAUGAUUCCAGAGACUCUGGGACGCUCACUCGAAGAAAUUAAUAUGAUGCUCGAGCGUGAAAUACCCACCCGAGAAUGGAAGGACUACAAGAUAAAUAGCGCCGAGUUUGCUCAAGGUGGGGAGUAUGAUGUUUCUGAGAAGAAAGGAAAGGGUGCUGGUCACAUUGAGCACAUUGACAGCUCUUCUGGUUCGGCAGCUAGCGUAUAG